CCCCGCCCCGCCGCCCGCCAGUGUGGGAUCCGAGAGGCGGCGGCGACUUGCGCUCCUGGGGCGCCCGGCUCCGACGGACGCGGCGGCCGAGCGCCCCGCGUAAUUACGCCCCGCGCUAAUUGCCGGUCAUUAAAGUUCGGGAGCGGCCCGGAGCGCUCCGGAGGGCGGCGGUGUCUGCGCGGCGCUCGCCGGGCCGCCGACUGGGCCAACUCGCUUCCGCGGAGGCCACGGUCACCGCCGGGCCCGGAGGGCGCGCGAGCCUCGGAGCCGCUGCCAGCCCGGCGCCCGGGGCGCGGAGAUGGCCGAGGAGAUCGACUGGCUGGACCUGCCGGGCCGGUGGACCUACGGGGUGGACGGCGGCGGGAGGGUCUUCUUCAUCAAUGACGAGGAAAAGUCAACCAGCUGGGUGCACCCUGGUACGGAGCUGGCCAUCCAGAGCGGACACUCCUGCAGCCCAGAUUUGCCCAAGGGCUGGGAGACAGAUUCCACCCCCGAAGGAGCUGUGUACUUCAUCAGCCACAAUGAAAGACGGAACACAUUCCGGCACCCAGUGACGGGCCAGGUCCCACAGGAAAACAAAAAAUUUGACUUGAAAACAUUGGCCUUGGACAUGUCCAAUAAAGCAGGUGGGAAGCGGCCUGCUACCACGAACAGUGACACAGCCAACCACAACAUGGUGUCUGAGGUCCCUCCGGAGCGGCCCAAUGUCCGGGCAACUCGGGCAUCCCGCAAAGCCAUCGCCUUUGGCAAGCGCGCACACUCCAUGAAGCGGAACCCCAGUGCCCCCGUCACCAAGGCAGGCUGGCUCUUCAAACAGGCCAGCUCCGGGGUGAAGCAGUGGAACAAGCGCUGGUUCGUGCUGGUGGAUCGCUGCCUCUUUUACUACAAAGAUGAGAAGGAGGAGAGCAUCCUGGGCAGCAUUCCCCUCCUGAGCUUCCGGGUCGCGGCUGUGCAGCCCUCGGACAACAUCAGCCGGAAGCACACAUUUAAGGUGACUGUGUGCUGGGUAGAUGAGGCCAGGGCCAGUUCCACGCACUGCCUCUCCCCGCAGGCCGAGCAUGCUGGUGUCCGAACCUACUUCUUCAGUGCCGAGAGCCCCGAGGAGCAGGAGGCCUGGAUCCAGGCCAUGGGGGAGGCUGCCCGGGUACAGAUCCCUCCAGCCCAGAAGUCUGUGUCCCAACCUGUGCGUCACAGCCAUGAGAAGCCAGACUCCGAGAACAUCCCACCCAGCAAGCACCACCACCAGCCCCUGCACAGCAGCCUCCCCAAGCCCGAGCCAGAGGCCAAGACUCAAGGGGAGCAUGACGGCCGAGGCUUUGAGAAGGCCGAGCGGAGGCCCGAGAAGCCUGAGAUCAAGAAGGAGCCUCUGGUGAAAGCCAACGGCGUCCCAGCUGGACCCGCACUGGGCUCGGAGCCCGGCAGCCCUUACCCCGAGAGCCCCAGGGUCCCAGGGGGUGGGGAGCAGCCAGCCCAGCCCAAUGGCUGGCAGUACAGCUCCCCAAGUCGACCAGGGAGCACGGCUUUCCCGCCUCAGGACGGGGAGAAUGCGGGGCACCGGGGGGGCUUCCCACCUCGCAACAACCCUGACAAAAUCGCCCAGCGCAAGAGCUCCAUGAACCAGCUGCAGCAGUGGGUGAACCUGCGCCGAGGGGUGCCGCCCCCCGAAGACCUUCGGAGCCCGUCCAGGUUCUAUCCAGUGUCCCGCCGGGUCCCUGACUGUUAUGGCCCCUAUCCCUCCCAGUACCCCGACGAUUACCAGUACUACCCACCGGGGGUGCGACCUGACAGCAUCUGCUCCAUGCCCGCCUACGAUCGGAUCAGCCCGCCCUGGGCCCUGGAGGACAAGCGCCACUCCCUCCGCAAUGGGGGCAGCCCUGCCUACCAGCUGCGCGAGUGGAAGGAGCCUGCGGGCUACGGAUGGCAGGAGGGCACCGUCUGGAUCCCCAGCCCCUCCAGGCAGCCAGUCUAUUAUGACGAGCUGGACGCCGCCUCCGGCUCCCUGCGCCGCCUGUCCCUGCAGCCCCGUUCCCACUCUGUGCCUCGCUCACCCAGCCAGGGCUCCUACGGCCGCGCCCGCAUUUACUCCCCGGUCCGCUCACCCAGUGCCCGCUUUGAGCGGCUGCCGCCUCGCAGCGAGGACAUCUAUGCCGACCCUGCCGCCUAUGUGAUGAGGCGAUCCAUCAGCUCCCCCAAGUAUGAUUACCUGGGAGACAGGCGGCCAGUCCCUGCAGGGCUGUUCCCCUACAACUACCCAGCAUCCCCCACGGUCCACGAUAAGAUGGAUGAACUUUUAGAUCUUCAGUUGCAAAGAAACCUAGAGUAUUUGGACCAGCAGAUGAGUGAGAGCGAGACUCUCAUCAGUAUGGUGAACCGCAUGGUGGAGAACUCCUCCCCCAGGCCCCAACUCUUCGUGCAAGUCCCUCCGUACCCAGAAGUGUUCCGGGAUGGCCUCCACACCUACAAGUUAAACGAGCAAGACACGGAUAAGCUGCUGGGCAAGUUGUGUGAACAGAACAAGGUGGUAAGAGAGCAGGACCGGCUGGUGCAGCAGCUUCGAGCAGAGAAGGAGAGCCUGGAGAGUGCUUUGAUGGGGACCCACCAGGAGCUGGAAAUGUUUGGAAGUCAGCCUGCCUACCCCGAGAAGCUGCUGCACAAGAAGGAAUCCCUGCAGAACCAGCUCAUCAACAUCAGGGUGGAGCUGUCUCAGGCGACCACGGCGCUGACCAACAGCACCGUGGAAUAUGAGAACCUCGAGUCCGAGGUCUCUGCCCUGCAUGAUGAGCUCUGGGAGCAGCUCAAUUUGGACAUCCAGAAUGAGGUGCUCAACCGGCAAAUCCAGAAGGAGAUCUGGAGGAUCCAGGAUGUGAUGGAGGGGCUGAGGAAGAACAACCCGUCCCGGGGCACGGACACAGCCAAGCACAGAGGAGGACUCGGGCCCUCGGGGACCUACAGCUCCAACAGCCCAGCCAGCCCUCUCAGUUCCGCCAGCCUCACCAGCCCCCUGAGCCCCUUUUCCCUGGUGUCUGGCUCUCAGGGGUCCCCCACCAAGCCGGGGUCCAAUGAGGAACCCGGCCCACCUCGGCCGCCCCUCCCCAAAGCCUACAUCCCCCUGGAGUCUCCUCCCACCGUCCCUCCACUCCCUAGCGAGAGCCGCUUCUGGCCCUACCCCAACUCCCCUUCCUGGCACCGCAGUGGCGAGACAGCCAGGGGUCAGCCCAAGGCAAGCUAUGAGCAAAACAAGAAAGAUCCCCACCAGACCUCACCCCUGGACACCCCCAGGGACAUCAGCCUUGUGCCUGCCAGACAAGAGGUUGAGGCAGAGAAGCAGGCAGCUCUCAACAAAGUUGGCAUUGUGCCCCCUCGGACAAAGUCACCCACCGAUGAAGAGGUGACCCCUUCAGCAGUGAUGAGGAGGACGGCCAAUGCGCUCACCAAUGGGGUCUCCUCCCGGCAGGAGCGCCCCAAGAGCGCUGUGUUCCCUGCUGAGGGCAAGGUCAAGAUGAGCGUAGAGGAGCAGAUUGACAGGAUGCGGAGGCACCAGAGUGGAUCCAUGAAGGAGAAGAGGAGGAGCCUCCAGCUCCCAGCCAGCCCGGCCCCUGAGCCCAGCACCCGACCUGCCUACAAAGUGGUGCGUCGGCACCGCAGCAUCCACGAGGUAGACAUCUCUAACCUGGAGGCAGCCCUCCGCGCAGAGGAGCCUGGGGGCCAGGCCUACGAGACACCUCGGGAGGAAAUUGCCCGGCUUCGCAAAAUGGAGCUGGAGCCCCAGCACUAUGAUGUGGACAUCAGUAAGGAGCUCUCCACCCCAGACAAAGUGCUCAUCCCUGAGCGGUACAUUGACCUGGAACCAGACACCCCCCUGAGCCCCGAGGAGCUGAAGGAGAAGCAGAAGAAGGUGGAAAGGAUCAAGACACUGAUCGCCAAGUCCAGUAUGCAGAACGUGGUGCCCAUCGGCGAGGGGGACUCUGUGGACGUGCCCCAGGACUCAGAGAGCCAGCUGCAGGAGCAGGAGAAGCGGAUUGAAAUCUCCUGUGCCCUGGCGACCGAGGCCUCCCGCAGGGGCCGCAUGCUGUCUGUGCAAUGCGCCACCCCGAGCCCUCCCACCUCCCCUGCCUCCCCGACUCCACCAGCUACCCCCCUCUCGUCUGAAUGCCCUCGAGGCGCCGACAGCAGCCACGCCUCGCGGGUCUGAGCUGGACUGCAAGCCCUGGCCGAGGCCAAUGCUGUGAAGCUGCACAGAGCCACGUUCUGAAGCGUCCUCUGCCCAGUGAGGUCCUGGCCACCACCCUGACCCCCGUCCUGUGCUCCCAUGGGAGUGCCGCAGGGAGCCAGGCUGGGGGCCAGGGCUGCUGCCAAAGGAGUGUGGGCGCCUGAAGCUGCGCUGCUCACGCUGGGGGGUGGCAGGCAGUGGGGUGGAGAGUUGGGAGGCCGUCGUCUCUGAUGCCCGAGUGGCAGGAAGCCGAGGCCUGGCUCUGGCUGGCAAGGUGGUGGCCCUGCUUGAACAUUCCGUGUGGAGGACCCGCCCUGGUGGGGAGCAUGCCUUCAGCUUAGUGAAGUCUAGGGGUGAAGGAGAGAUGGGCCCUCAAUGCCAAGGACCGCACCUGCCAUCACCCCCUCGCCGGCUGCCCCAGCUGUGCCCCAGGCUUUGCCACGCCUCCGCCGAUGGGGCUUCUUGCGUUUUGGUGGAGACCAACCGCCCGCUUGAGCCAAAGACUAGAGGAUGAGCGAGGGGGAGGGGCUCCUGGGCUCCCCCAGGGGACAGAGCGGGCUGUGGAUGGAGAACAGCAUGUGUGUGCCUGUCUGAGGUCAGGUUGAGAAGGGAGAGCAGAGAGCAAGGGAGAGUCCCAGGGAGUGGGGACCGGAGGGGAGUGGGAGGCGCUGGCGAGGGAGGAGGGCAGGGGAAGGGAGAGGACAGGAUGGGCCUCCCCAUGGGGGGCGGAGCCUAAGUCGGUGCCGAGCCGAGGGCCCACGGUCACCUCCGCGCCUCCCCCUCAUCCCCCGCGCAGCCCAGCCGGGCCAGCAGAGUGCCCAGUGGCCUCACUAAGGUGCUCAGCGUGGGUGAGGGGUCAGUGGUGACAGCCUGGGAUUGGGUCCUUUCCGGGUCAGGCUCUGGUGCCUGCCUCGGCCUCCCGGGUUAGAGCAGAGGGAAGGACCUGUCUCGCGUGGGGUGUGGCCAGCCUCGGGGCCUUCCCGAGCCUGUUUCCCUGAUGGUGCUGCCGCCCGCCCGCUGAGAGUUUGCCCCUGGGAGAGAGAAUGAGGCCUGAAUCUGGGGGCCAGGGGCCAGGCCCGAGCCUUCGCCUACCCAGGGAGGCUGCUGGGAGAGACAGAAGCAGAACGCGUCCCUCCUCCACUCCACCCACUUGAGAUGAAUGUAGCCAGAGAGGACAGAGGAGAGGAAACUGAGGACUGCUGGCCCUGAGACUUUUUCUGCCAGCGUUGCUGCCGGAGACUUCAGCCUGACCAGCGGCGGCAGCAGCACCAAGAACAACUGCUUCCUGCCCACUGCUCCUCUCCAGUCCUUCAUGGCUGGACAGCUACUGGUUCAUAUGCAAGUAAAGAUGACAAUUCAUUCAACAAAUGCGGAUCGAGCACCUUUUAUGUACCAGGCACUGUUCUAGGUGCUUAGGAUAUUCUCAUGCUUCGGAGGAACUACAGACUGGGAGGAUUCCACCUAUUUUCACUUCUAGCAGGCUAUUUUUGGAACAUGAAAAUGCCCCUGGCUACAUUUCCCAUCUUCACAGUUCGAGCACCCAGAUCUGCUCUUUGUCCCCUACACACUGGCAGGUGGGAUUAGCUCCCAGGUCACCCUCUCUCCACACCCUUCUCCUCCCACAAGAAAGGUUUUUCAGGGCCGGGAUUUAGCUCAGUGGUUUCGCCGCCUGCUGUGCAAGCGCAAGGACUCAAGUUUGAUCCCUGGUACCAAAAAAAAAAAGAUUUUUCAGGGCCUUCCAUACCUUCUCCUUUCUUUGUCUAUCCCUCCUUUUUUUAAGUGGUAUUUUUAGAAAUAUACAUGUACAAUACCGAGAAAUAAUGCCAACACCUCCGCCGCCUCUCUCCCCCCGUGGCAGAAAGCUGGCCCCCUAUGUUGCUUUACACGCCUUAAUAUAUGUUUUAUGGAGAUAAUUCAUGUUAUGGAUGUCUAUGUAAUAUAUUGGUUUGUUUGGACGUCAAUCCUUUCCUCAGCUCCUACCUGGGCCCGUUUUCUCUCCACACCAUCCUAGCAUGUUGAGGCCAUAUCCCUUGCCUUUUUGAUCCAAAGGAGGGGAGAGGAAAGACUUAUUGUAAGACAGAUCUACUUUAUGCUUUUGUUUAAAAAGCAAACCUAUUUUCAACAUGUGCAAUGUCUGAAGGGAUCGGCGAGUGAUGUGACCGGGCUGGGGUGGUGGCUUCCAGGUCCCAGCCGUGUGCCCUGCCCUCUUCCCGAUGGCUUCUUGCCCUCCCACCCCAUGGGCAGGGAGCGUCUCACUGGGACAGGCCUUGCCCUUGGAAGCCCUGCACCAAACAUUUGGUGACACUGUCAGCUCUCGGUGGUGCUGAGAGUGUUGUCCAUGUGCAAGCCCUCUUGGAGGAAAUGUUUACAGUCUCAUGUGCAGAAGGACACUGAGACAGGCACCUGUCCUCGUGGCUCCUGGCCACCUGCCCUUGUCUCGCUGCUGAAAAGGGCAGGAUUUCACGGCAGCCCAGGCUAAACAGCAGCAGGAUGUCCUUCCGCUCUCUGCUGGACCUGUGACUUGGUGCAUGGCCCAGAGGAAGUGGCUUGGAUCCUCUGUGCUGUCCCUGCCUCUUAACUUGAGUUCCUUGGAGUUCUCAUGCUUGCAUGUGGCUCCUCUCUGGUUGGGGUCACGCCUGUGUCAUCUGGCUCCCUCUGGGACCUUUCUUUCUGGAGCUAUUCUUAAGAGGAUGGCUCCUCAGUCUGGCAUCCAGACUGUGAAGUUGCCGUCUUGGUUAAGGAGGGUCCCACGGACACUGUAACGUCUCAGCUUUGCCCAAGAAACCCCAGGGCUUUGGCAGGCUGCUUGCUGGGGCACUGAGCUAUGCCACCUCAGCCUCUCAAACGGCCUAUUGAUCACCAGAGUGAGCUGGAAGACUCUUGACUUGCAAGGAUUUGGGGAGGAUGGAACUCUGUCCAGGUCUGAAAUCAAGACUCUUAGACUUCUGCACACAGCUCCAGGCCAGCAUUUGAAGCCUGACCUCCAACUCUGGCGUUUGCUGCCACCCUGUUCCCAGCCUAGAGCAGCUUGCUGUGAAUGAUCAAGGCCCAGAUGGAAGCCCAGGGCUAGCAGCCCUCCUGCAGAAAGCCCUGGCUACUCAUCUGGGCCCUCCCCAACUAGCACAUCACCUCCCUGAUCAGUAACCAAGAGGCUCCAACUGAAUACAGCUACCAUCACUUUAGAAAUGUUCCAAGGUACAAGCUGUGUGCUCUCGCUCUGCUGCCUUUGAGAGGCAUGGUCUUGAGACAGGGCUGACCGAAGCAAGGUGGGAUCACUUCCUUUCCCCUCUACCUGGCAGCUCUUAAAACUAAGGAAGAAAAAAAAAAAUAUAUAUAUAUAUAUACACAUAUAUAUGUAUAUAUAUGUGUAUAUAUAUGUAUAUAUAUGUAUAUGUGUAUAUAUAUGUAUAUAUAUGUAUAUAUAUAUACACACGUAUCUAUUUAUGCACAUAUUGGGGCCAAUUUGAUUUACUAGAAUUAGACAAUAAACCAUACAAAGAACUUUAUGAUCUCAGUGUCUUUCUUUAGCAUAAAAGUGACCUUAGGUUAGACAAACAGAGAGCACCUCUGCUGGGACCAAGCCGCUGUAGCACCCCUUUAGCAUCCGUCUAGCCAACAAGCCCCUCCCUGGGGAGGAGGGCCAUCCUGACCAAGGGAGGGAGAGUUUGCUCUCUUCUUUUGGGAGCAUUCUUAUUCCAUCUAGCUACUCAAGAAUCCCUGUGAGUCCUGCAUUUGUAUAUUGCAAGUUUGUAUAAACCCAAUGCUGAAAAUAAAAGGAAUGAUUUGUA